GUUCAUGGGCAUUGAUUUGGCUAAAAUGCGAGAGGAGGAAGUAGUGGAAGAAGAGCACCCAGGCGUUGCCAGGCCGGACUUACCAAGUAAAAGUGCAAGUUGCCCGGUUGAACUUGAAUCUCAGAUGAGCCAUGAAUGCUGUUUCUCGAGAUAAGUACGCCCUGUGUGAUGUCUGACAUUUGAUCAGGCGUUUUUACCGGGCUGGGUGUGUUCCACGACCCCUCCCCUAACUCCUCCAUUGUUUUGGGUAUUUUCCUUUCGAGCCACCAGUCAAGCUGCUCACUGCAGCUGGAGAUCAGCCCAAGGCCGAGCCGGGCAGCUGCGCUCAUCCCUCUCAUUCACAGGGUGCAGCUCUUCGGGGUGAACUGCCUCAUAAGCUGAUUUUCUCCAUCCAUAGACCAGAUAUGCACAAAGGAAACUCUUACACUGUUUGAAAGUCCAGAUAUUUUACUCAGAUUGUAAAUGUGAACCUAAUGACAGUUGAGUACAGCUGACCCACGCUCUAUAACUCGGAUCUCUCAGGGAUGAUUCGCAGCCAUGUCAAUGGACAUGUGGAUCCCCCCGAAGGCCAAAAGUGCACACUGUACUAAUACAAGGCAUUGUUACAUCCCUUACAGAAACAAACAAACAAAAAAAUCACUUUUCUUACUACUGCAAUAUACUCAUUUUAGGAAAAAAUGCUAAUAAUUUGUAAUUCCUUCUCUCAGCAACAAUCAUGGAUACCAGCCUGGAAUUUCCUUCUGACAACACCUGCUCACCCAAGUCCUAUAAUUAUGACUUACUGUCAACAGAAAGAUUGUGACAGAGCAGAAUUGAAUGGAAAACAACCAUUUUUCUGAUUUUAUGGACAAACAGACUGGUUAUGUCACGAGGAACUUGCUGGCAACCCCAAUCGUGAUGGGCAAGGAAGUUCUUGCUGUGGUUAUGGCAAUAAACAAAACAAAUGCAUCAGAAUUCUCCAGACAGGAUGAAGAGGUCUUUUCCAAAUACCUGCACUUUGUUUCUGUAGUCCUAAGGCUGCAGCACACUAACUACCUGUACAGCGUUGAGUCCAGAAGAAGUCAGAUCCUUAUGUGGUCAGCCAAUAAAGUAUUUGAAGAGCUCACAGAUGUUGAGAGACAGUUUCAUAAAGCACUAUACACAGUGAGAACAUAUCUGAACUGUGAACGAUACUCCAUUGGACUGCUGGACAUGACCAAAGAGAAGGAAUUCUAUGAUGAAUGGCCUAUCAAGCUUGGAGAAGUGGAGCCCUACAAAGGUCCAAAGACACCAGAUGGCAGGGAAAUAAUCUUUUAUAAAAUAAUUGAUUACAUUUUACAUGGAAAAGAAGAAAUCAAAGUGAUUCCGACACCUCCUGCAGACCACUGGACUCUCGUUAGUGGACUGCCGACGUAUGUUGCUGAAAAUGGAUUUAUAUGUAACAUGCUGAAUGCCCCUGCAGACGAAUACUUCACUUUCCAGAAAGGACCUGUAGAUGAAACUGGUUGGGUCAUUAAAAACGUCUUGUCCCUGCCUAUUGUCAACAAGAAAGAAGAAAUUGUGGGAGUGGCUACAUUUUACAACAGAAAGGAUGGAAAACCUUUUGAUGAGCAUGAUGAACACAUUACUGAGACUCUCACACAAUUUCUUGGAUGGUCUCUCCUAAAUACUGACACCUAUGAGAAAAUGAAUAAACUGGAAAACAGAAAAGACAUUGCUCAGGAAAUGCUUAUGAGCCAGACCAAGGCAACUGCUGAUGAAAUUAAGUCUAUUUUGAAAUUUAAAGAAAAGUUAAAUAUAGAUGUGAUUGAAGACUGUGAAGAAAAACAACUCAUCACAAUUCUGAAAGAGGACUUGCCGGACCCAAAGGCAGUGGACCUGUAUGAAUUCCGCUUCAGCGACUUUCCCAUUACUGAGCACGAGCUGAUUAAAUGUGGACUACGACUGUUUUUUGAAAUAAAUGUGGUGGAGAAAUUCAAAGUACCUGUAGAGGUUCUUACCAGAUGGAUGUACACAGUGAGGAAAGGGUACCGCGCAGUCACCUACCACAACUGGCGGCAUGGAUUCAACGUGGGGCAGACCAUGUUCACCCUGCUGAUGACAGGAAGACUAAAGAAAUACUACACAGAUCUUGAAGCCUUUGCCAUGGUUGCUGCUGCUUUCUGCCAUGACAUUGACCACCGAGGCACCAAUAAUUUGUACCAAAUGAAGUCCACAUCUCCACUGGCCAAGCUGCAUGGCACUUCCAUUUUGGAGAGGCACCACCUGGAGUACAGCAAGACGCUCCUGCAGGACGAGAGUUUAAACAUCUUUCAGAACCUAAGUAAGCGGCAGUUUGAAACAGUUAUUCAUCUGUUUGAGGUUGCAAUAAUAGCAACUGACCUGGCUUUAUAUUUCAAGAAGAGAACCAUGUUUCAAAAAAUCGUUGAUGCUUGUGAACAAAUGCAAACUGAAGAGGCGGCCAUCAAAUACGUGACCAUUGAUCCAGUCAAAAAAGAGGUUAUCAUGGCAAUGAUGAUGACUGCAUGUGACCUAUCUGCUAUAACCAAACCCUGGGAGGUACAGAGCCAGGCAACACUUCUGGUUGCAAAUGAAUUUUGGGAACAAGGAGAUCUGGAACGAACAGUGCUGCAGCAACAACCUAUUCCCAUGAUGGACAGAAACAAAAAAGAUGAACUACCUAAACUUCAAGUUGGAUUUAUUGAUUUUGUUUGUACUUUUGUAUACAAGGAGUUCUCACGGUUUCACAAAGAAAUCACACCGAUGCUGAAUGGCCUUCAGAAUAACCGAGUGGAGUGGAAAUCCCUAGCUGAUGAGUAUGAUGCAAAGGUGAAGACGAUGGAGGAGGAGGUGAAGCAGCAGGAAGGAGCAGACACAGAAGGAAAAGCUGUCCAAGAUUCAGGAGAUGGUGGUGGUGAUGACAAAAAGUCCAAAACAUGUUUAAUAUUGUAAUAUAAUCCAACUGGUCUAAACAUCAUCUUAGCUUUGAAGAGAAAUAGAAAACAUUCAAAAGAACUUCAGCAAAUUUCAUUCAGCAAACUGAAUAAAAAAAAAAAAGAGAAAAUCUUUAGAAAAAUUACCAUGACUACCACAGAGAAUAAAAGGGCUGGCCCAAAUACCCUGAGGGUAAAAUAAAGCUCAACAGAAGUGCAAAAUAAGACAAUAAUAGGUGUUUUUGGUGCCAACUUAUUUUAAAUUUAAAAAAUGUAUUAACCCAAAACUAGUCACAGAUUUUAAAAAGUUACUAAUUGUAUUUAUUUGCUUGGCUAAGGCUAUAGAAAAGUACCACAGACUGAGCAGAUUAAAAACAACAGAAAUUUAUUUUCUCAGAACUGUGGAGGCUAGUACCCAGAAUUUCAAGAUUAAGGUGUUGGCAGGGUUGGUUUGUUUGUGAAGCUUUAUUUGGUUUAUAAAUGGCCAUUUUUCCUGUGUCCUCACAUGGCUGUCCCUGUGUCUGUGUGCUAUUCAUUCUUAUACGAACAUCAAUCCUACUAGACUAGGGCCCACUUAUACAACCUCAUUUUAAUCUUAAAUACCUCAUCAAUGGCCCUUUGUGGUAUCUAUAGGGCCUUUGUGGAUUAGGAGUUCAACAUAUGAUUGGACACUGGGUGUGAACAUACAUGUCUGUAAUCCCAGCACUCUAGAGGUUGAGGCAGGAGGAUCACUGCAAACUCGAGACCAGCCUGGGCUACAAAGUGAGCUCAGGACCAGCCUGAACUGCAUAGAGAGAUCCUGUCUCAAAAAGACAGAAAAACAACAAAAAACCCCAACAACACCCCCCCCAACGUAUGGUUUCAAGGGGAGGUGGGUAUUUAGUCGGCAACAUUCACCUUUGUGAUUCAUACCACAAGCCAUUUCCUGAACUAAAACUCUCUCAUCCACAUGUCAGUGUUACAGUAAACACGUUAUACAAUAUACUAAGGUAUAUAAAUACAGUACAAAAAUCAAAAGAAAAAAGGAUAUCAAAUCUUAUCCCUCCUGAACUGCAUAUUAUUUCUUUACGUUUUGCUCUUGAUAAUGGAAUGUGGAGAACACAUAUUUAGGCAGUUUGUAAAACUAUAUCAUAGUCUUAUGCUCCCCCUUCAAAGUCCCAAAUCAAGUAUUUUGUUAUGCAUAAAGACCAUUUUGCACAAUUUAACACUAAGAACUAUUUUUCUCAUAGAAUUUUCAGUUUAUAAAACUACUGGAUAAUCCCAAUGCAAGCUAGAUUUGCUCAUAAAUAUUCUACUUCAUUAGAAGUAUGAUUUGACGAGGCAGAAAAUUCUUAUCAAAAGCAGCCUGCAAGAACUUCAACUCAAGACUACUUUUUAAAAAUUAUUAACAGAAGUAUCAAGCAGACAUUCUAAAUAUUAAAUUGUGAGGAAAAACUAAAAACUAAGUAUGGUGGUAUACACCUAUAAUCUCAGCCACUGCAGAGAGUUACACAAGAGGAUCAUAAAAUUGAGACCUGCCUAGGCAAUUUAGUAAGAACCUGUCUCAAAAAACAAACAAAACAGGACUGGGGCUAUAGCUUACUAAGAGAUCACUUAGGCUCUAGGAUUAGUGUGGUAACCCUAUAGCACUCGCACCACAGCAGGCUGUUUGCUAUCACUGACAGCUCUAAACGGUUCCUUUAUCACUGCAUCUAGGUUUACCCCCCAGGAGAGAAUGCCAGGGAGAACAGUCAGUGACUUCUACUUCAAAACAGAGCGCUAGAGAAAUUUAUGUUUCUUUUACUUAUCUAUAAUCACAGACAAAAUUAGAAAACAGAUAAACAAAAGUAAAUAAAUGUAUUUUGCUAGUGUUUUAUCAAAAAUACCUAAAUUAUAAUAAAUUUAAGAUUAUGGACUGCAAGUAUUCUUGUUAUAUACAACAUAAUGAUCAAUUUUGAACAGCCAAGACAUAAAUCACCAUUUGUUAGUACUUUUACAAGUUACUUUUCCCUCAUAUUAGAAUGUAAAGUUCAAGAGAAGGGAUUUUUUUGUCUGUCUUGUUCAUAACUUUAUCUUGGCAUUCAGAGUAAUGAGUGCUACAAGAUAAGUACUCAGUAAAUAUAAAUGAAUAAUAUUUUGAAUAAAUGUUUUAAACAAACAUAAACUAUGAAUGACUAAGUCAUUAUCUUGGGUUAGUGACACAGCACUUUAUUUCUAUUAUUUCAAAUAAUUUUGAGACUCUACUUCUAGGAUCACUGUGAACCACAUGAGAAAUUAUUCUAUUAGCUUUAUAUAGUUUCUGACCCUAAGAUCAACUCAAAAAACCUCCCUUCCCCAGUCACCAAAACUGAAUGGAGGGUAGCAAGGUGUCACCCCUGCCAGUCUGCCCACGGUAGGAACUUUGCUUCAGAGAAGGUAUAAGAAGUCUAAAUCCCCUAGACCAAGGGUCCACUGAUCACCACUGAAUAUGCCAAGAAAAAAUGUGAGAAAUGUAUGUAGAAGAAUGCAUGUUUAAAUUAAUCAUGCUUAUAUAGAUUCCACGACUAAUAUGAAUUUUGUUUGGAUACUUAAAACAGUUUUCCUGAGAAACAUAAGAUUUUCUUUAUUCACUCUAAAAGAUAAAAAAAAAAAAAAAAAAAACCUUCAGGAAAUGAGGGGACUUCCACGUGAUGUUUACCAUUAAUAAACUCUUACUGUUGUUGAUAAAAGCUUGGAAAUUAUUAUUAUUAUUUCCUAGAUAAUUCCCUUGCAUCAAUGCCCAGCACAGGGCUUUAUAAGUAACAGAAGCCUGAUAAAUAUAUGUAGAGUGAAUAGUGACUCUAACGGAGGGAAAUCCUCUGAUAGUAAUACAGUGGUCACCUUGGACCACAAACUUAAUUCACUCCACAGUCCAGGGGAAGAAGGCCAUGUUUGUGUUCAUGCAAGGAAGAUGGCUGGAGUUGUGCUCAUCACCCAGAACAAAGUUCUCAAACAGAAGCAAAAUUUUGCCAAAUGCUUCUGUUUGCAAACUGAAUUAUUUACAUGUGAAAGCAUUUGUCAACUGAGAUAUUGCUGUGUUUUAACACAAGAUAGCUACUUAUUUUAUAGUUUAAAUGUUGUUAAAAAUAGUACACCACAUGUUAAAGGCUACAGAUAAAACACUUACAGAUAAGCACUUGAGAAGUUACAUAAGGGACAGGAAACCGUGUCCCUAAUAUAAUAAACUUCUGAAAAAUGUGGUAGCAUUUUUAUUUCCAAAGACCAACCACUCAAACUGUAACUUGUAGAUAAAAUGUUUAUGAAAUUUAAAAGUGAGUUUUCACAUUAAAGAAUGCAGAUUUUUCUGUCUCAUAGAAACAAAUCUUGAAAAUAUUCAUCAAAUUCUUCUUCCCUAUUUAAAAGAAAAAAUAUAUAAAUUAAAAUCAGUAAAGUAAAAAGUUAUUAGGAAACAUUAUGAAGUUAAUAAAAAUAUUUUAAUUCAACAUACUGGCUGAUUAUCACAUAACAAUAUAUACAUUUCUACAAUUUUGCCAUUAAAUAAUUCUUAGUUUCUAGGAUAACCAUAACUAUAUUCAGAUUGAUUAAAAUUAAAAUAUUUUACAUGUAGGCACCUCUCCCAAAAUGUAUUCCCUAUUUGCUUUGAAGUAAAAUAUUACUUCUCUUUAUUUGGGGUUUUCUUUAUACUUUCUCUUUUCAAACUACAGUCCAGUCAAGAAAUGAACAAAAAAUAAACUAUAAGCAAAACAAAACAAAAUAAAACAAAAACAAGUUUUACUCCUAAGAAUAGGGAAAAUCUGCUUAGAUAUCAGUAUUUUACUUUUCUGUAAAUGGUAAAUUCACUGCACAUUUUAGUAGUAAACAUCUAAAAUAAAGACGAACUCUGAGAGGAGGUAUUAAUUAGAUUCUAAUGUACCAACGUGAAAAGUGUAAACUAUCAAAUAAGUGUUAGUGCUGGGAGCCAGCAAUAGCCUGGGAAUAACAGAGGGUUUGAAGUAAGGGGAAAGCCCAGCUCUGAUACAUAUUAGCUGUACGAGCAAGUUACUGAACUUCUCUAUAUGUUUCCUCAUCUGUAAAAUGAAGAUAAUUUACAUUCUUUCGUAGAAUAGUUGUGAGGAUUAAAUGAAUACACAAUUAUUUUUCUUCUGGGAAAGAGAAUCAAGAUGGAUGAUAAAAAUUAACCUACCACUCUCCUUACUCCAUCAUUUGUUUUAAAUAUCUAAGAACACAUCAUGAUGUUCAAAUUUAAAGAAAAAUUACAAAAUCAAAUACAAUGAUUAAGGACCUAUAUGCAACUUGGUAUUAUCCAUAGGCUAAUUUUUCAUUAGCAUAACAGCAAAAUGCACUAGAACUUAACAAACAGUAUUAAGAAUGUAUCUAAAUGAAAUUGGUAGAUUAGCUAGAUAGACUUAAGAUACUCAGUACUCAAUCAAUAUCAAAAGAGUUAAAACACACAGAGUUUUGCACUAUGAAAAUCUUAUCAUUGGAUUUACUCCUGAAUCUUUAUUCUCUAAAAAGGUAAGUUAAGUCUAAGACCUCUUCAGCCAUUCUCAGUCGGCUCUUCAAUGCUCAGUAAAUGACUACUUUAAAUUGGACAUCAAUAUUUUAUUUAAAGAAACAGCUUUUAAAAUAAUCUUUUCUAUAAUAACCACACUUUUGUGCAUUCUUUAUUUGGCUAAAUUUGGUUAGGAUUACUAAAGAGAGAAAGAGACAGAGACAGAGACAGAGACAGAGACAGAGAGAUUUUUACAAAAACAUCAGAUUUGGAUGCAAGGAUGGUUCAACAUAUGCAAAUCAAUAAAUGUAAUAUACCACAAUGAUGGGACCAAGGACAAAAGUCAUGUGAUCAUGUCAAUAAAUGAAGAAAAGGUGUUUGACAAAGUCCAACACCCAUUUAUAUAAAAACCCAACAGAAAAUUGGAAUAGAUGGUCUUCAUCUCAAUCUGAUAAAAACCCUCUAUGAUAAACCAAUAGCCAACAUCAUACUACAUGAACAAAAACUAAAAACUUUUACUCUAAAAUCAGAAACAAGACAAAGAUGUCCACUGUCCUCACUCUCAGUCAAUACAGUUCUGGAAAUAUUAGCCAGAGCAAUUACAUAAGAUAAAGAAGUAAAAGGAAUAAUGAUAGGAAAGAAAGUUAAAUUAUCAUUAUUUGCAGAUGACAUGAUACACUCCAGGAGACUCCAAAAACUCCACCAAAAAACUUCAUGUAAUAACCAAAUUCAGUAGUUUAGUUGAAUACAAGUCAACACUCAAAAAUCAAUAGCUUUCUUGUACAAAUGACUCACCUAGAGAAAAAUUAGGGAAACAACACCUUUCACAAUGGUAUCCAAAAAAAAGAAGAAAAAAAAGAAAUACCUAGGAAUCAAUCUAACAAAGGAAGUAAAGACCUCUAUACUGAAAACUACAGUACUCUGGAAAAGAUCUAAGAGAAUAUCAGAAAAUAGAUAUUCCUUGCUCUUGGGUAGGAAGAACCAACAUAGUGAAAAUGGACAUACUUCCAAAAUUAUUACACAGAUUCAAUACAAUCCUAAUCAAAAUUUCAACAGCAUAUCUCACAGAAUUAGAGAAAACAAUCCCAAAACUCAUUUGCAACCAGAAGAGGCCUGGAAUAGCAAAGGCAAUCCUAGGCAACAAAGGCACAGCAGGGAACACCACAGCCCCUGACUUGACAUUAUACUAAAAACCACAGUGAUAAAACAGUACGGUACUAGUGAAAAACAAAAACAAGCAAACAGACCUAAGAAUCAAGGGAACAGAUUAGACUAUCGAGAAACAACUCUGGACAUGCUCAGCCACCUUAUCUUUGACAUAAAAAUCAAACACCUUCAUGGGAAGAAAGACAGUCUCUUUAAUAAAUGGUGCUGGGAAAAACUGGCUCUACACAUGCCAAAGAUGGCAAAGACUAUGAACAAAACCCAGCCACAUAGGAAAUGUCACAAAGAUUCAACAACCAAGAUCUCAUUAAAAAGUUUUUGCACAGCAAGAGAAACUACCAAGAGAGUAAAGAGACAACCCAUAGUGUAGGAAAAAAUUUUGCCAGCUGUUUCUCAGACAAAGGAAUAUUACCUAGAAUAUAUAAAGAACUCAAAAAAAAAAAAAUCAAACCCCUCAACUUUAAAGACACAAUCCAAAAAUGGGCAUCUGAAAUGGAUAGACACUUCUCAGGUGAAGAAGUAGAAACAGCAAAUGAAUAUGUGAAAAAAUGUUCAACAUCACCUGUCACUUGCAAGAUACAAAUUAACACAAAGCUGAGAUUCCACCUCACUCCAGAAAUAACUACUAUCAAGAAAUCAACCAAUAAUGAAUGCUGUCAGAGCUGUAGAGAAAAAGGAACCUUUAUCCAGUGUUGGUAGAAAUACAAACUGGUGCAACCACUGAAGAAAUCAGUGUGGAGAUUCCCCCCAAAAAACUAGGACUAGAUGUUACAUUUCACCCUUCUUGCCAUAUUUCAGGAAGAGUUAAAAGAAUCAUAAGACAGCGAUGUAUGCACAUCCUUGAUUACAGCUGCACAGCUUGUAACAGUUAAAUCUUGGAAACAGCCUCUGAUGCACGGAUAGAGAAGAUGUGGCAAUUUUUUUUCUACAACGGAGCACUACUCAGUCGUAAAGAAAAACAUUUCUAGCUAAAUGGAUGCACCUUGAGACUAUACUCCUAAGUGAAAUAAAUGAGAAGUGUGUAAAUAUAGCAUUGUUUUUCUGAUGUGAGAAAAUUAAAAAGUAAAUAAGGAUUAAAAAUGUAUAAUAGAUAUUGUGAAAUAGGAAGAAAAUGUUCAAAUGGGAAGGGUGACUACCAAGCGGGGAGGGGAUAGAAAAAGAAGAGAAAAGAAAAAAAAUGAGAAAGAAGGAAAAAUAGAAACAAAGCUCUUGUGAAAAGUAGAGGCCGGGGAUAAGUGCCUGCUUGGCAAACACAAGGUCCUGAGUUCAACUGCCAGUACUCGCCCUCCAAAAAAACCACAGGAGUAAGAGGGGUUGAAGAGAAGAUUAGAGGAAUGGAAAGAAAAAGGGUCAAGAUAUAUUGUGUACAGGUACAGAUUCCCUGUAAUAAGUGUGAUCAUUAUAUAUACCUAAAAUGUUCCAAUAAACUUAAUUAAUAAAAAAAAUGAAGGGGGUAGAAAAGCUAGAAGACAAGUGUCAGUACCAUUUUGAAAUUAAACUGGUUUUCUUUGAUCACCAUUAAAGAUGUUAACUAUUUUAAAAAACCUGGUUCUACUGCACUGAGAUCAUACCAUAUAAUUACCAAAAUAAAACUGAUUCACAAAGUC